AUGAUCAACAUUCUCUUGACUUUCCUUGAAAAUGUUGUCCAGAACAAGCACGUCGUGAUGAUGGUAGGGAUGAUGGUCGUGGUCUGGGUCCUUCUCUGGCAAUUAAAGAGCUUUUUCCACCCGAUCCUAGAUCCUCUCGACCAUAUCUUUGACAAUAUGGGGGAUGGGCUCCAUUACACGCUGAGAUCUGUUGGGAAGCUCGGAGAAAUUGCGCGCCGGCUCUUUCCAAAUAUUACAGUCUCACAGGUUGGGAGCUUUGUGGAGCCGGCGCUGGCUUCCCUCGGCGAUAUCUGGAGCAGCGCUUUUGAUGGUCUGGAUUCCAUGCUCAAAUCAACCAGGCACCUUGGUGGAUUUGCUUAUCAGUGCUUCACUCAUGUCAAGGAGUCUAUGGUCAAUUGCAACAACAGCUCUAUAGCGGGGAAUCACACGAUAGCCUCGUCCGCACAUGGAAGCAUACUCUGCGCGAGCUCUCUGACGUGGUGGCUAGCAUCCUGGUUGCGAAUCUCGUGCGCGCCAGCGACAGCCGCAGCUGGGACAUUCGUGUUCGACGCGCUCAACAGUACAGCAGUCGAGCUUGGACACUGGGCUGGUGUAUCGGAGGUGCUUAUUCCCCAUGUCAACGCCUUCCACCUGGCGACUAUUCCGCUCGAUAGGCAUCGAAAGGUGAUUGAGAUGAACGAGGUUACUUUCAAGGCCAAAGGACGCCUUGUUGACGAGAUUAGGCAUUAUAGUGAAGGCCUCUAUGACACGGGCAGCAGUAUCUACAAUGUUACCCUUGCAUCGGAUCGGUUGCUCAAGGUGAUGAUCUACAGCCUUCAGGAUGUCGUGGCAGCCUUGCAGGUUGCCCAGGACACGGACUUCGGAUGGUGGAAAGCCCCAAAGAAGAAGGUUCGACGUGUUAGAGGCAUCCUCAGCGAGCUUCUGCUGGUGAUUGAUGAAGAACUUCUUCUCUUGAUCAGAGAGAUCCAGGCGACAGUAGACCUACUCGUCGAGACAGGUCGGCAUGGUGAACAAUUCCAAGCUCUGACCAUAAAGGGCCAGAAAGAUGUUCGAGACCAGAUCCAGGAGAAGCGAGGGCUGUGGAGCAAACCGGACGAGUCACUUUCCAGGAUCAAUCAGCAGCUCUUGGCCACUAUGCAGCUUCCAACUGACGACAUUCUUGCGCUGCUUGCGGACUCCAAAAUACGGCUCGACCGCCAUCGAAUGAACGUACAGAGCGCCAAGACGACACUUCAAGUAUCCUUUGGACUAUCUGACCAUGCUGGGCUGAACCCAUUGCUGUCCUUGUUACGGGACACCCUGGGUGGGCUCAGCAACGUCAAGGGUAAACUUGCUCUUGCCCAAACCGAGGAACGACAGCAGUUUGACCAGCAGCUAAGAAAUGGCCUCAUCAAAGCUCCACCACUUUAG